AUGGAACAGUCUGUUGAUUCAUUAAAAGUCAACCAUAAUGAUUCUGAAGAGUCAAAAACAGAUUCUCAGCAUCUAACCUAUAUGGACUCCAGUGAGCCUUCUUUUGGACAAGAUGGUUCGCCUAGAGUUUUACCUGUUACUACUCCUGAAGAGGACAGUUCACUCACAUCUCAGAAUAUACCAGGGCCCCUGACUCAGACACAGACCCUUUCUGCAGAGCAGUUCCAUCUAGUGGACCAAAAUGGGCAACCUAUUCAAUAUGAGCUUCAGUCAUUGGGGGAUUCUAACGCACAAAUGAUGAUUGUUGCCAGCCCAUCAGAAAAUGGACAGGUGCUGCGUGUAAUUCCAUCUCCCCAGACAGGAAUGACACAAAUGAUUAUACCUCAGGGACCACUUGUGGAUGAGAAUAGUCCUCAAGAUGUCUCCGAAGAGAAACCCAGUGACAGAAACUUAGCAGCUGUAAGAGUGGAUGCUCUAGCAGACGGUGACAGUAGUUACAUUCUUCAUCCACAGGCAUCCCUCACAUUGCCCAAAAAGACAGUGACCAGGAUACUCGAAGAACCUCUUUUGGCUCCACUCCAGCCACUUUCUUCUAACACACCUAUAUGGGCCUGCCGUCUUAGGAGCUGUGAGAAAAUUGGAGAUUCAUACCGUGGCUACUGUGUAAGUGAGACUGAAUUGGAAAGCGUCCUAACAUUUCACAAGCAGCAGACACAGAGUGUUUGGGGGACCCGCCAGUCUCCGAGCCCAGCCAAGCCAGCUACGCGCUUGAUGUGGAAAUCCCAGUAUGUCCCCUAUGAUGGAAUCCCAUUUGUCAAUGCAGGGAGUAGAGCUGUGGUAAUGGAGUGUCAGUAUGGGCCAAGGAGAAAAGGUUUCCAGUUAAAAAAAAUUGGUGAGCUGGAAAAUAGGUCUUGUCAGCUCUACAAAGCCACUUGUCCAGCCCGGAUUUACAUUAAAAAAGUACAGAAAUUUCCUGACUAUAGAGUUCCUACAGACCCCAAAAUUGACAGGAAGAUAAUCCGAAUGGAGCAGGAGAAAGCCUUUAACUUGCUAAAAAAGAACUUGGUAGAUGCUGGUGGUGUUCUUAGGUGGUAUGUACAGUUACCUACGCAGCAAGCUCAUCAGUAUCAUGAAUUAGAGACUCCCUGCCUCCCUUUAUCGUCUUCCUCCUUUCCCAUAUCUUCUCUUGAAGAAGAGGAAGCUGCAAUUAGAGAUGAGAACUGUACAUUGCCCUCACGUCUACAUCCUCAAGUAGCACAUAAAAUUCAAGAAUUAGUAUCACAGGGAAUAGAACAAGUGUAUGCAGUUAGAAAACAGCUAAGAAAAUUUGUGGAAAGGGAACUCUUCAAACCUGAUGAAGUACCUGAAAGACAUAAUUUAUCCUUUUUUCCAACUGUAAAUGAUAUAAGAAAUCACAUCCAUGAGGUACAGAAAUCCUUGAAAAAUGGAGAUAAUAUAUAUAACUCAGAGAUUAUUCCAGCAACGCUUCAGUGGACCACAGAUAGUGGGAAUAUUCUCAGAGAGACUGUGACAGUUACGCUUGCAGAAGGUAAUUCACAGGGAGAAUCAGUUUCCAGCAAAUUGGAAACAAAUCAGACAAGGAAUUCUUUAUCUCCAGAACCAGCCCACUUGCUCUCCUCACUUUCUUCAUUUCAGCCAAAAAUAUUCACACACCUGCAGGGUUUGCACUUACAACCAAGAUUCACUUCUGAUGGAUCACCAGCUCUAAUAUCAGUGAAUAACCACCCCUCCUCCAGUCCUUCAAGACUUCUGGAUUCAGUAGAAAGUGUUAUAAUGAAUAAUAAUUCUCUACUGCUUGGUCAGACUCAUUGCCUUCAAACAGAUUCACCUCUAACCCCAAACAGUAGUAUUUCUUCUACCAUGAGUAACCUUCCAGGACCAGAUCAAAAUCUGGUUGCAGUGGAUCAGCUGGUAGAAGUUGAAGAUGUUGAAGAUACAGAGACUCUGGAAGGAAAUGUUCAUCGGAUUCUAUUGGGAAACGUGCAGACCAUACCAAUACAGAUUAUAGACAGCCCGCCAGUUCUUAUUGAAGAAAAUUCAGAAGGUACCAUUUCUGUGAACCAAGUUAAGCAAGAACCCAAAGAACCAGCAUUGUCUCUGGAAGCAAAACCAAAUUUGGACUGUAAGAAAUUGUCUGCUACAUAA